UAAAGAGUUUUAAGACACACACAUCUUCGUGCCUUUUUAUUUUCUUUUUCGUCAAUUCUUUUCUCUCGCCAAUAUACACACACAGAAGAACAACAUCAAACUCUUUAUUACAUUUUAUACACCAAAAAUGAAAAUUGUAAUCCAACUUUAAGCACAAAAUCUGCAUAACACUCGCCCAACCUAAAUUCAUCUUCAAAAUUAUUGAGUUUCUCUCUCCUCUGCAAUUCCCCAUCCUUAGAUCUCACUGUUUUUGCCUCUGAUCUCUGAAUUAUAACUCUGAUCGCUAAUUUUCUGCUUCUCAGAUUUGAAUUUGCUCUUUAAUUUUGUUGGGUUUGCGUUAAAUUGAGCAAUCAAAUCGAGGUUUCCGAAGCUUUUCAACACUGGACCCAAUCAUGAAUCCCUUUUCAUCAGGAACUCGAUUGAGGGACAUGAUUCGUGCCAUACGUGCUUGUAAAACGGCAGCAGAAGAACGUGCAGUUGUUAGAAAAGAAUGUGCAGCUAUCCGUGCUGCCAUUAGCGAAAAUGAUGCAGACUAUAGGCAUCGGAACAUGGCAAAGCUCAUGUUUAUCCACAUGCUUGGUUAUCCAACACAUUUUGGGCAAAUGGAAUGCCUAAAGCUGAUUGCUUCUCCUGGAUUUCCUGAGAAAAGAAUAGGAUACCUAGGACUUAUGUUACUCCUUGAUGAAAGACAGGAAGUUCUUAUGCUGGUUACAAACUCUUUAAAACAAGAUCUCAACCACACAAAUCAGUACAUUGUGGGACUCGCUCUUUGUGCUCUUGGGAACAUAUGCUCUGCUGAAAUGGCUCGUGACCUUGCACCAGAAGUAGAGAGAUUGCUUCAAUUUCGGGAUCCAAAUGUUCGCAAGAAAGCAGCUCUAUGCUCAAUUCGGAUAAUUAAGAAAGUCCCUGACCUGGCGGAGAAUUUCAUAAAUCCUGCUGCCUCUUUGCUGAAAGAAAAGCACCAUGGAGUCCUUAUAACUGGAGUGCAGCUUUGUACGGACCUAUGUAAAAUCAGCGAAGAUGCACUUGAGUACUUUAGAAAGAAAUGCACCGAUGCUGUGGUGAAAGUUUUAAAGGACCUUGUGAACAGUCCAUAUGCUCCAGAGUAUGAUGUAGCUGGAAUCACAGAUCCUUUCCUCCACAUCAGACUACUGAGAUUUUUGCGUGUUUUAGGCCAUGGUGAUGCUGAUGCUAGUGAUUGCAUGAAUGACUUGCUAGCCCAGGUGGCUACAAAAACAGAGUCCAAUAAGAAUGCGGGGAAUGCUAUUCUUUAUGAGUGUGUUGAAACUAUCAUGAGCAUUGAAGAUAAUAGUGGUUUGCGUGUACUAGCCAUUAAUAUCUUAGGAAGAUUUUUAUCGAACAGGGACAACAAUAUUAGAUAUGUUGCUCUAAAUAUGUUGAUGAGGGCUAUAAGCUUUGAUGCUCAAGCAGUACAGAGGCAUCGAGCGACAAUUUUGGAAUGUGUCAAGGACUCAGAUGCUUCAAUCAGGAAAAGGGCUCUUGACCUGGUGUAUCUUCUAGUGAACGAGAGUAAUGUAAAGCCUUUGACAAAAGAGCUAAUUGACUAUCUGGAAGUUAGUGACAUCGAUUUCAAGGAGGAUCUUACCGACAAAAUCUGCUCCAUUGUUGACAAGUUUUCACCAGAUAAGAUUUGGUACAUUGAUCAAAUGCUGAAGGUUCUUUGCGAGGCUGGCAAUUAUGUGAAAAAUGAAGUGUGGCACGCCCUUAUUGUGGUCAUAAGUAAUGCUCUCAAUCUCCAUGGGUACACUGUUAGGUCUCUAUACAGAGCUGUUCAAGCAUCAAUUGAGCAGGAAACUCUCGUCAAAGUGGCAGUUUGGUGUAUUGGAGAAUAUGGUGAUAUGUUGGUCAACAACAGUGGGAUGCUAGACAUAGAGGACCCGAUAACAGUAACAGAAUCUGAUGCGGUGGAUGCAAUUGAGCUUGCUAGCAAGCGCCACAACUUGGAUGUUACCACUCGCGCUAUGUGUUUGGCUGCUCUGUUGAAGCUUUCCUCUCGAUUUCCAGCUUGUUCGCAGAGGAUAAAGGAUAUAAUUGUGCAAUACAAAGGAAGCCUUCUCCUUGAAUUGCAGCAGAGAGCUCUUGAAUUUAAUUCAAUUAUUGAAAAGCAUCAAAACAUUAGAUCUGCAUUAGUGGAAAGGAUGCCUGUAUUGGAUGAGGCAACAUACAGCGGAAGGAGGGGUGGCUCUUUGCCUGCAGCUGUUUCAAGCUCCAAUGGGCCUCCUGUUGGCCUUCCAAAUGGAGUUUCAAAGCCUGCUGCUCCCCUUGUUGAUUUACUUGAUCUGAGCUCAGAUGAUGUUCCUGCACCAAACUCUUCUGGUGGUGGUGAUUUUCUAAAUGACCUCCUUGGUGUCGAUCUAUCUUUGGCACCAUCACAGUCAGGUACUACUCAGAAUCAAAAAUCAGGAACCGAUGCCCUGUUGGAUCUUUUAUCAAUUGGGAGCCCCCCUGCUAUGGAUAGUUCAGCAACUCCAGACAUCUUGUCCUUGAACUUAGAAAGCAAAAGUUCUGGAGUACCGCUGGAAAGAUUGUCUUCAGUUUCAUCCAUGCCUGUGCAAGUAUCCUCUCCCAGUGGAGCUGCUCCUAUUGUUGAUUUAUUGGAUGGUUUGUCUUCUAGUCAGCCAACUUUAGAGAUUAAUGGUCCACAAUUCCCAUCCAUAGCUGCAUUUGAGAGCAGCUCCCUGAAAAUGAUGUUCGACUUUUCAAAGUCUGCUGGAAGCCUCCAAGUGACAUCAAUUAAGGCUACAUUUACUAACUUAUCCGCUAACAUCUACACUGAUUUCCUAUUCCAGGCUGCAGUUCCCAAGUUUCUUCAGCUGCACCUUGAUCCAGCUAGCAGCACUAAUCUUCCUGCCAAUGGUAAUGGCUCCAUCACUCAGACUAUGCGAGUUACUAACAGCCAACAUGGGAAGAAACCCCUGGCAAUGCGCUUUAGAAUAGGCUACAAGGUAAACGGAAAAGAUGUUUUGGAGGAAGGCCAAAUCACUAACUUCCCACGUAAUUUGUGAAGUUCAGUGCUCAUUUGAGGUUGUCUAGUGAGGUGAAUAGGCUCAAGAUACCCUUUCAAGUAGAGUGAAUCCUCGGGGUGUCAUGGUAGCGCAAUCCUUCAAAUCUUUCCAAUGAAGGCGAAUGUGGCUUGUAGCAGUUGGAAUUCGGGGGCAACUUGGGUCUCCAAAAUAUCGUCAAUUUCGGUUUUGUUCAUUCUUCUUUUCUUUUUAUCCAGUUUACCUCAUUUGGUGGUCCAUGUACAUUAUAUUUUGAUUCUUAUUUGUAUCAAAAAUGUGGAAAAAUGAAUUUUGGGAGGUUGUCAAGGUGAUGAUGAGUUGUCUCUAUGUUGUAUCGAGGAACCGGAGUUUUCUAGCUGUCGUGUUGGUCUCGUGAACCUCGUAGCUCAGGGCAUAGUUUUGAGUACAAGGCAAAGAUUUCCAAAAUGCAAUACUACCUGCAUAGCUUAUGCGAUUCUUUGAUUUGUAA